CAAUCCAGAGGGGUCGUAGUAGAGGGAUCCGAAGGUUCUUGAAUUGCCUUCUGCGUCGUAUAUGGGAAUGUCUUGGACUUCGGCCAACGUUUCGCGAUCAGGGCAUUCGUCGGAGUCGAGGGCGUCGAGAUCAGAGUCUGAAUGGAAUCGCGCGAACCAUUCUUCUGGCGUGACCACGCUUAUCGGGCUUGUCGGACUGUCAAGUUGAUCUUGUGAGGAGGAGGAAAUCAUACUGGUGGGCGCGGUGUCGGCUUCGGUGUCGCUGGAGAAGAGCGAAUCUGAGGGCUGCGGUUGCCGGAUUCUCUUGCUGAAGGGUAACGUAUUGCUCGUGGGAGAAGUAGUGGCCGAGGUAGUUUCAUAGGGCGCUUCGAAGCGGGAAGUGCCUAUAGGAGAGACAUCUCUCAUUGGGCUCAUCGUGUCGAGGAAGUAGCGCCCGAACGGCGUAGCGAGAUCGAGCUAGAGGCAGGAGAGGCGAAGGCGUGGGACGGGCGAGGUGGUAGGAAAUGGAAACAGGGCCUGCUGUGGUGCGACAUGGCGACGUGUGUCCCCAAGCUUUCCCGCCUGCAGAAGUAACACGUUCGAGAUGGCUCCAAGUUUCGGGAAGGCGGCGUGGCGUGGAGACAAUGUACAUCUCUUCCGCGAGUAAGACCAGCCUGUCGGUCGGGCUUCAGCGAGGGGCCGUCGCCGUCGCUGAGCUGUGGGCGUUCUGCGCUCACAACACUCAAAGAUUGAUGGCCUCGGCUCCGGAUCUUCAUCCGAAUUUCUUCCGGCGCGUAGACAUUCGGACUUUCAGCUUGAUCUCACUGCAAGACUGCAUACCCUUACGCAUGGCUGUGCAUCAGACGCCGAAGAUCACUGGAAUUCAUGGAUCGAUGCUGUGGACGCGUCACCUGGCCGAGGCAGGUCAGAAGGUCGACAUCGAGAGGUCUUGGCACUCUCAACCUCGACGCAAAACGCAGUAUACCAUUACUGACCACGGAGAUGGCCAACUGAGAUCAUCACACGAAUCAUAA